AUGAAUCGCAGCAACGACGGCUGCUGGACCUGCCGCAUCCGGCACAGAAAAUGCGACGAGAAACACCCCAUCUGCCGAGAGUGUGCCGAUCGCAGCAUUACCUGCCACGGUUACGGCCCCAAGCCAAAAUGGAUAGACGAUGAAUGGAAGUUGCAGGCCGAGCUUUCGCGAAUCAAGAAGACUGUCAAUUCUAACUUGCGCCGGAAGAAAAAGCUGCAAGCCUGCAAGGCCUCUCCAGCUCGUCCAUCCGAACAUCAGAAUGAUCCAAGACAGGGGGAAGAAGACGGCUACCCGGCACCGCCUGGUGCGCCGACAACGCCCGACAUGGCAUUUCGAGAAGCACAGCUCCUGGUCCACUACCUGGAUUAUAUCUUCCCCCUCCAGUAUCCAUACUACAAGGACGAGCCCUCGCUCGGCGGCAGAGGCUGGCUCUUCUGGCUUCUCAUGAAGCGCGGCCCGCUGCACCAAGCCGUGCUCACCCUCUCGGCGCUUCACCACCAUACACAAAGCGCGGGUGCUCCCGGAAACCGAGAAUCAGAACUCAUAGGGUAUCACACCAAUGCCCUGAAGCGGCUACGACAAGUCCUUCAGGAGUGUGACAUGGACAAGUUUGCAGAGAGCCGGCAGCAAAUGGUUGAGUUUUUGGCAUGCGGUUCGGCACUCAUCAGCUUUGAGCUAUUUCGAGGAGGCCUUGACAACUGGCGGCCGCACCUGGACGCCCUCGCGUCCGUUGUGAACAAAAUCCUCGUGCCGCACCCUUCGACAGGCACCCGGGAGUCGGGAGAUGGCGUGGACAAGGCGCAGCCGUUUCUUGUCACAAAAGUUCUCUGGCUUGAUAUUCUCGCCUCCACGGCGACGGGAAAGGCACCGCAAACAAGGUAUCAGAAAUGGCUGCAACUGGACCAGAUUGACAUGUCGAGGCUGAUGGGGUGUCGAAACUGGGUGAUGCAGGCAGUCGGGGAUAUAUCCACAAUUUCUUCACGGAAAACCAGGUCGGGCUUCUCAAAGUCGGAUGAAUUGCAGCUCAAGGCUCUUGAGCAGAUUCUUGAUGAGGGCAUCGAGAGGAUGAAGCUGGGAGGGGAUGAUCGACAAGCGUUGGUUUACGCGAUUACAAUGGUGUUUGCGACUGCGGCCUUGUGCCAGAUAGAAACAUUGCGAAAUGCCCCAUCUCCUGGGAUGAGACUCUACACCCGCGUGGCCGGGGCGAUUGAGGCAAUGGAGGGCCUUCCUGCUGGCGUCACAUUUCGAGGCCUGGUCUGGCCAGUGGCGACUGUCGGAGCCGUAGCGGCAAGUGAUCAGCAGAGCUUCUUCGAAAGGGCCAUGAUAGAUGUAUUGGAUACGUCGGGGUCCGAGUUUACAAACUGCGGAACAGUUCUCAAUGUUUUACGACGAUGUUGGCAGCAUCAGAGGGAGUCGGGCUUGGUGUGGACGUGGCAGGAUGGCAUGACGGCAAUGGGAAUAUGUGCACUUCUCAUAUGA